ACCCAGACACAACACAAGCUCAGCUCAACCAGAACAACAAGACAAUGAAGACUAUUGCAGCUUUUGUUCUUCUCGCCUGCCUGAUCGCUGUAGGGGUAAAAGGACAGGACAGGUCUUCAAAGGGCAGGUGCUUCUGUGCAGACAAAGGUGCAAACAUGGUUUUAGUGAAGAACAUUGAGAAGGUUGAAAUCUUCCCUCCAAGUCCAUCUUGUCGCAAACAUGAGAUUAUUGUCACUCUGAAGAAUGGUGCAGGACGCAGAUGCAUGAAUCCAGAGUCAAAAUUCACUCAAAAUGUCAUCAUAAAGACUCUUGAAAAGAGGAGUCAGCAGACUGUCCCACACAGCACAACUGUCUCUGUACCACUGAAGAGCACCAUGACAUCAUCAUCGUCAUCAUCACCAACAUCCUUCAAAUUACUUAAUUGACAGAUGUAUUAAUAUUCUGCCGAAUAAAGGUGGGGGGGUCUAAUGUCUAAGCUGAUUAAAUUAUUUAUCUGACCACUGGCUUGUUUUCACAAACAUAUUUUCAUAAGAUCACUGAUCAAUGUGUCAUAUGUACAGUCUUUUUAUAAUUUGCUGUAUGAUUGUAUUUUCAUUGUUCGCAAAGAUGUCAA